AUGUCGCUCUCGGAUACACCUCUGGCAUCCCUGUCCUUGACACAUGUGCACUAUAACCCCGACGACAUCGUCUCGUAUGCUUCUGCCUGGCUAGCACUCGUCCCACAAGCAUUAUGCGUCACCUACGUUUCCCUGAUUUGGGCCUCCCGAGAGCUGGAAAUUAUCUUGAUGUUCGCUGGUCAGAUGAGCUGUGAAGCGUUGAACUUUGCGCUGAAAAGGUUGAUUCGAGAAGAAAGACCCAAAUACAUGCAGGGCAAAGGCUAUGGAAUGCCUUCUUCGCACGCACAAUUCGUGGCAUACUUCUCGUGUUACGUCACGUUGUUCCUCCUUUUAAGACACAAGCCAAACUUCUCCGUCACACCAAACGCCGCAACUUUAUUCCAACGAGUCGCCAUAUCCUUCCUUGCUUUUGUUGGAGCCAGUGCGGUGGCAAUCAGUCGGUUAUACCUAAAUUACCAUACUAAAAAGCAGGUCUUGGUCGGGUGUUCCGCCGGUGUCUUAUUCUCUAUCGUCUGGUUCUUCGCCAUCACCUUCUUGCGGGAAUCGGGUUGGAUUGAUUGGGCGCUUGAUUUGUCUUUACUUCGCGCCCUGCGAGUCCGAGAUUUAGUAGAUCACAACAUGUCUACCGAUACCAUUGACGGCAAUGGACCUGGCCAGGUCAUUGUUAUGGCAGAUGAGGUUGACCAAACUGGAACCGACAUAUCACCUGUUCCCGAUGAACAACUCAUGGCAGAGGUGGUCGAUGGUCUCACACUUGAACCAUCACCAGUUAUUGAAGAGCAGCCUCAAGAUCUCUCCGCCCCUAGAGAUCCAAGAACAAUAGGAAGGCCUGCAAUUAGACGUGAUGUCGCGCCUCCGCCACCCUUGCAGCCACCUCCUCCAGCCCCCGGACAACAGGCCGCUGAGCUGGCACCGGAUUCGCUUAGCCUUGCCCAGUUGAGGCGAAUAGUGCAGGACAUCCCUCGAGUUGAGCAGCAAGUCUACGCAUUUCGCUAUGCUGACUGUCAGCCUUUUCCCGAAGAGCUCGACGAGUGGUUUCAGUAUAGUGAGCCAGAGCGUAUGAUGCUACUUGGAUCCAAGGUGUCAUUUGAUCAGCAAUGGCAUGAAUUCUGUCAGCAGAGUCCCGGACAUUCGGAUUCCUCGUGGUUAGAUGUCAGUCGUGAUUUUCAAAAAUCCUUUAUUGAGUCCCUUUUGGCAAAUUUGGACCAUUCGGAUAUGUUUUCACGCAUCGAGGCAUUAGAAGCCAUUUGCUAUACAAUGUGUGGUGUAUGGGGACUUACCGGUGGAAGACAUGUGGAUGAUUAUCCCGAUCAGCCUACGGAAGAAGAAGAAGCCGAAACACCGAAGUCAAAAUCACUUCAGAUUAAAUUGAUUGUGGACAGUGUGCUCCUCCUGCAUGAUUGUGGCGGGAUUCCAAAACUUUUCGAAUAUAUGAAGAUCGUCUACGACAAAGAACGAAAUAUGGCGGAUGCCGAGUGCAUUGACUUGGAUAAUGAAAAGGAACACGCAGCAUUCCUUAUAGCCCGCGAACGCGAAGCGAAUCUGAUCUUAACGUGUCUGUAUUUUGCUGUCGAAGUGGCUAGGAGACUGGAGUCUCUUAACAAAGAUAAUGUGCAGUUACGGGACACAAUUGCUGGGCUAGAACCCAGUCUACUUAUUACUCUUGUUGAAAUAAUUGCUGGGUUGCGUUGGGAUGAUUCCGCUAGCAUUCCUUUCACACGGUUUGUUUUACUUUUUUGGAAAUCAGUCCUCCUCAUCUUUGGGGGAAGCCAAAGCUUAAAGGACGCAAAAAAGGAGCUUGAACCUACGAUGAACAUACCGGAAGACCCAGCAAACUGCCGAGAGCCCUUCCUGACUGCGUCUCCGCUUGAUUAUCAUGUUUUUCGCCAGGAGGUCACAUCAAAAUACCCUUCAUAUAACCCCCCGCCACCUGUGGUACCGUUAGAGCUGGAACAUAAUUCGAUACUUCCGCCCCUUCCUAACCAUCCGAGUCGCCUGGCAUCAGGAAACGGGCUUUUCUCGGCUUCGGGCUCUACGGCUUCCGGUGGCAGUGGUUCAAUUCUUCAUCAAUCCGUCCACAUCGCUACUCCCGCUCCAUCGCCGCCACCAUCGCCUAUUGGGCCUGGUGGUAAAGCCGGGAAGAAGCAAAAUUAUCAAACCAACCAAAAUUUCCCCUUUAUGUAUCCACCUCUAGAUGGCUCCAGCAACAACAUUGGUGGAAAAGGCAAAGGCGAGAUGCAGGACACUCUGGUUGGAAAGCGGUGGGAAGGAAGUGAUGUUCCUGCGUCUAUUAUCGAAGCCGGGAAACUAUUCUCCAGUCAUGUGAAAAUGACUAGGGCGACGCGUCAACUAUGGGAAGAACGAGAGCGGUUCAUGAAAUUCGAGCGAGGCUGGAACAUGGACGAUAAAAGUCUUCAGCCCGAGAACGGUGGAUACGGCCAAGAAGAAAUCUCUUCAGCGGAAACAGAGAACAAGAAUCAAAACGAAGAACUUCCAAAGGAAACCGAAAACGAAGGCAUCCAGCGGCGACUGGACGCAGUAGAGGCUUUCUAUAAUCAGAAACAAGCGAUGCCGCAUCUCCAAUCGAUCGUCAUCGUCUUGCUAAAGGUGAUUUUGACGAAUGUUAGUGCCAUGGUAAACCAAGGCAAUGGCCCAAAUGGUCACGAUCCAGGGGCUGCCAACGGCUAUCCUUCAACUAGUUCGACCCACGAGGAACCUCCCACCGACAUGGAAGAAAUCGAUAUGGCUAGACUUCGCGAAGUCACGGGAAAGGCCGUAUCCGGGUCUCUAUUGCUUCUCCUCAAAUGGUUCAAAAGAUCUCAUAUCUUUAAAUUUGAAUAUCUCACUCAACUACUACUCGACUCUAAUUAUCUUCCAUUAAUACUAAAGAUGUUUGCUCAUCAAGAUGUGGACCAGGCGGUAGAUCAGGUGAAUGAUCACAAGGAGCUCAGUUUUUUCCAGUUUUGCCUUCGCAAUUCUCAAAAUGCGCCUGACCAUGACGAUUCAUUGGACGGUGAAUCUUCGGAAGAUGACGCUGUUCCACCACCCAUACUUCGACGGAGACAUUCGCUUGAUGGAAGUUCUUCGGUUCGAGGGCUGUCACCAGAAAAAUCUGCAAUGUCCGAAUAUCAUGAUGGCUCUCAGCGUCCAGAGGUAGAUGAGCUAGGGUAUCCAACCGGUCAAUUCCCCAAGGACCCGAUCACAGCCUAUUCUUUCCGCAAUUUCUUUUCGGCUAUUAAUUAUCUGCAUAUAAUGCAAAAGAUUACACGAGACAAAUCGCACCGCUGCCUUUUGCUUGUUCAAUACAAAUCAAGCACCAUUCUACGCAAAGGAUUGAAGAUCCCUGACCCCGAUCUUCGGUCAUACACCUUGAAACUUUUCAAGUCACAAGUUCCAUUCUGCGGCCGGAAAUGGCGCCAAACCAACAUGCGGGUUAUUACGGCUAUAUAUCUCUAUUGCCGGCCAGAAUUGCGCGACGAUUGGCUGGCAGGCUCGGACGUCGAUGCUGAAGUUGAAGAGGCACUUCCUUUAGAACAGGCGCUUCGCGGUCUCACUCACUGGUGGCAUCUGCGCCGGUAUAGAGAUGUGAUGAAUAUCGAAGAAGGGGCCUCACUUGUGGAAGAGGAAAGAGACUUUUUCUCAAGAGAAUUGGAAGCCAUGGGUUGGGGCAUCUACAGUGAAGAUAUGCUUAAUGAUCUUGAUGAGAGAGAUCCGGGUGCUCCAACAAACGGGCAAACUGAAUGGGACGGAGGACCACUGCAAAUGGAGGGCUGGUAG